UGACAUAGCUUUGUAGGCUUCACCGCUUCAAUUCAAGUUUUAGGUUUCAGUUUGAGGUUUGAGAUAAGUCUAAAGUCAAAGUGGUGCUGAAUCUUGAGAUAAACUUUCCAGUAAAUGUUGUUAGUAUUAUUUUAACCUUUUGAGGUUAUUUCCUGGCUCUUAUGAUUCAUAUAUUCAGGUUAUAAGCAAUUGUAUUGACAGUAGGAGCAGAGAUGGUGCUGGACAUUGACCUGUUCCGAGCUGAGAAGGGCGGCAACCCAGACCGGAUCAGGAAGUCACAGAAGGACCGCUACAAGGAUGUCACCCUGGUUGACAAGGUGGUGGAGCAUGAUGAGGCCUGGCGCAAACAUCGUUUUGAUGCCGAUAACUGGAACAAGUUGAAGAAUGCCUGCUCCAAAGUGAUUGGAGAGAAGAUGAAGUCGGCCAAGAAGGCUGGUGGUCGGCCGGCCGCCCCCUCCCAGCCGGCGGAGACGCACGAGCCGGCGCUGCCCUCCCUCGCCGACCUGGAGCGCCACCUGGCGGAGUUUUCGUACGUGGGCGGCCACCAGGCGUCGGCGGCCGACCGGCGGCUGAGGGCCCGUCUGGCGCCGCCCGCGCCCUCCGCCGGCCAGUACCCGGCCGUCAGCCGCUGGUGGCUUCACCUGACCGCCCUGGAGGCGGCCGGCGCCCCGCCGGAGGAGACACUCCCGCCCGGCGACCCGGCGCUGCUGCGGCGGCUCGGGCUGGACCAACUGCAGAAAAAGGAGCCGGUCGGGGACGAUGACGCGCUGCCCGACUCGGUGACGUCACGGCUCGCUCAGCUGACCCCCGAGGAGCUGCGGCCUCUGACCGUCACCCAGCUCAAGAAAGUGCGCGCCCUGGUGGACGAGGGUCAGGCGCGCACGGCCACUGCCGUGGAGGACAGUAUGAAACAGCGUGACGCGGCGCUGGGCCUCAUCGGAAACCUACUGCACGAGUCGUGUAUCGUCAGCAAUGAUGAGGAGAAUAACGGCGUGGAGCGCACGUUCGGCGACUGCGAGACGCGCCGCCGCUACUCGCACGUCGACCUCAUCCACAUGAUCGACGGCAUGGACGGCGAGCGCGGCGCCACGGUGUCGGGCGCGCGCGGCUACUACCUGACCGGGCCGGCCGUCUUCCUGGAGCAGGCCAUCGUCCAGCUGGCGCUGCGCAUGCUGCUCGAGAAGGAUUUCAAGCCGCUCUACACGCCCUUCUUCAUGCGCAAAGAGAUCAUGCAGGAGGUGGCGCAGCUCAGCCAGUUCGAUGAUGAGCUGUACAAGGUGCUAGGCAAGGGCUCUGAGAAGGGUGACGACAACACGAUCGACGAGAAAUACCUGAUCGCCACCUCUGAGCAGCCGAUCGCCGCCUACCACCGCGACGAGUGGAUCCCCGAGGCCUCACUGCCCAUCAAAUACGCCGGACUGAGCACCUGCUUCCGCCAGGAGGUCGGAUCGCACGGCCGAGACACCAGAGGCAUCUUCCGCGUGCAUCAGUUCGAGAAGGUGGAGCAGUUUGUUCUCACCUCGCCCCACGACAACGCCAGCUGGGAGAUGAUGACCGAGAUGAUCGACAACGCCGAGCGCUUCUGUCAAACGCUGGGCAUCCCCUACCGCGUGGUCAACAUCGUCAGUGGUGAGCUGAACAACGCCGCCGCCAAGAAGCUCGAUCUGGAGGCGUGGUUCCCGGGCGGCGGCGCGUUCCGCGAGUUGGUCAGCUGCAGCAACUGCACCGACUACCAGGCGCGCCGGCUCCGAGUCCGCUACGGACAGACCAAGAAAAUGGGAGACAAGGUUGAUUACGUGCACAUGCUGAACGCCACCAUGUGCGCCACGACACGCGUCAUCUGCGCCCUGCUGGAGGUGAACCAGACGGAGACGGGCGUCACCGUGCCCGAGGUGCUGCGACCCUUCAUGCCGCCCAAGUACGCCGAGGAGAUCCCAUUCGUCAAGCCCGCUCCCAUCGACCAGGAGGAGACCAAAAAGGCGAAAAAGCAGAAGGAAGGCAUGAAGAAGGGAAAGAUAGAAGAAUAAAAGGUGUCAAACUAGCGUCUAGGACCAAAAGUUCAUCUUCCCGCAUUCACUCUGCGACCUGUUUUUUUUUUUACGGCUCAGUCUUUGGGAGUUUGGGGGUUGUUCUGUUAUUUAUUUGCAGUCACAAACUGGUCCAUCAAAAGUUUCGAUAAUAUUUUGCUUUAGUGGUCUGACAUGUUUUGGCCAUGGUACAGGGACUAUUACUAUGGUGGGAGAUUUUUAAAGACGAACUGGUGGUACAACCAAUACACUGAUCAGUGAUCAUGAACCAUGCCCAAA